UAUUUUAAUAUUCGUGUUUGACUUAGGCUACUCGUUUUAUAGUUCUUUUCCGUUUUCCACUUACAUAUACUCAUUUUGAAUUAAUCCACUUAGCCGUGAACGUUGUUUUAGGGCCGCGCUUGUUUUGCUAGCUAUUGCCGCGGAGCUACUGCGUUAGCAUCACGCUUCCCUGAACGGUGGCGCAGAGUGGACGCUGAUGGGGGACGAAAAGGACACUUGGAAAGUAAAAACUCUGGAUGAGAUUCUACUUGAGAAAAAACGCAGACGCGAACAAGAAGAGAGAACAGACACCAAGCCCCCGAAAAAUCACUCUGAAAGCCUUGUCCCACAGGCGGAUGAUCGGGAUUCAAAACGAGAUACUCCGGAAGAGGGAGAACUUCGUGAUCCAAGAAUGGAAAUAACAAUUCGUAAUUCCCCUUACACAAGGCAAGACUCAACAGAGGACAGAGGUGAGGAGGAUGAAUCCUUAGCAAUCAAGCCUCCACAGCUAAUUGCACGGAAAGACAAAUCUCACAACAGAAAGGAGGAGAAGCGAAAAGAUAAAAGACGCCAUCGCAGUCAUUCUGAUGAUGGAGGGAAAAGGUCACGACCCAAAGAAAAAGAAAAAGAGCGAGAGAGUGAUCGCAGGAAACGUCAGUGGGAGGAAGACAAAGCAAGGCGAGAGUGGGAGAGACAGAAACGAAGGGAAGAUGCCAGAGCUCAUUCACGAAGAGAGAGCGAUUAUUUUUUGUUGUCAAACCACAGAGAGCGUUUAGAGCAGGCAGAGCGACAACGUGAGCGUGAUCGAAAGCUGCGAGAACAGCAGAAAGAGCACCGAGAUUUGAAGGAAAGAGAGAGGAGAAAUGAAGAACGUCGCAAAGAAAGAGUAUCUCGACGAGAUGAGCCUUCCCAUCACCGCAUGCUUCCUGAUGAGUAUGGUGAAAAGACAAAACAAAGUCACCGCAGCCGCAGUCCUGUCCGUGUUCCUAGAGAAAGAUCUGAGCACACUGAGCAACGUAAAACUGCCCCAUUUCUAGAGGAAAAGCCAGAUACCAAGGACCUGCUUGCAGACCUUCAGGAUAUCAGUGACAGUGAGAGAAAGACCAGUUCUGCAGAAUCCUCGUUAGCGUCAGGUUCAGGCUCUGAAGAGGAGGAUGAAGGUGAAGAGGAAGAAGAGUCCAGCAGCCAGAGUGAGGGUGGAGAAGGAGAGGAAGAUGAUGAGGAGGAAGACGACUCUGUGUCAGGCUCAGCACGGUCUGAGCAGAGUGCAGAGGAUAUAAGUGAAGAUGAGCAAUCGGAGGAAGAGUUUGACGAAGAGAGGGAAAAUGGAAAUCAUAUACCUGCAGUUCCUGAGUCUCGUUUUGACCAUGACACGGAGGAGAGUGGUGAAGAAAUGGAAGAUGAAGAAGAUGAAGAUGGAGAUGCAGGAGAGGUAGAUGUCACGCCUCAGUCUCAGACCCACUCCAAUACACCGACCCCUGAAGAGAACUACAUACCGGAUUCUCCUCCAAUUUCACCUGUGGAGUUAAAGAAAGAACUGCCCAAAUAUCUGCCAGGUUUACAGGGUUGUCGCAGUGUUGAGGAAUUUCAGUGUCUGAACAGAAUAGAGGAAGGAACCUACGGUGUGGUUUACAGAGCCAAGGACAAAAAAACAGAUGAAAUUGUAGCACUGAAGAGGCUGAAGAUGGAGAAGGAAAAGGAGGGUUUUCCUAUCACCUCUUUAAGAGAAAUCAAUACUAUUCUGAAAGCUCAACACCCAAACAUUGUCACAGUCAGGGAAAUUGUUGUUGGAAGCAACAUGGACAAGAUCUACAUCGUGAUGAACUACGUAGAACACGACCUAAAGAGUCUGAUGGAAACCAUGAAGCAGCCUUUCUUGCCAGGUGAAGUAAAGACUCUGAUGAUUCAGCUCCUCCGCGGAGUCCGUCAUCUCCACGACAACUGGAUCCUGCAUCGAGAUCUGAAGACGUCUAAUCUGCUGCUGAGCCACAAGGGCAUCCUGAAGGUUGGUGACUUUGGUUUGGCCCGUGAGUAUGGUUCACCCCUGAAGCCAUACACCCCUGUAGUUGUCACACUGUGGUACCGCUCACCAGAGCUGCUGCUUGGCGCCAAGGAAUACUCCACAGCUGUGGACAUGUGGUCAGUGGGCUGCAUUUUUGGCGAGCUCCUGACCCAGAAACCUCUUUUCCCUGGGAAAUCUGAAUUGGACCAAAUACAGAAGAUCUUUAAGGAUUUGGGAACUCCUAGUGAGAAGAUCUGGCCUGGCUACAACGAGCUGCCUGCUGUGAAAAAGAUGAAUUUCAACGAGUUUCCAUACAACAACCUGCGAAAGCGAUUUGGAGCACUGCUCUCAGACCAGGGCUUCGACCUUAUGAACAAAUUCCUGACUUACUGCCCCAGUCAGAGGAUUCUGUCAGACGAGGGCCUCAAGCACGAGUACUUCAGAGAGACGCCACUGCCCAUUGACACGUCCAUGUUCCCCACCUGGCCGGCCAAGAGCGAGCAGCAGAGGGUGAAGAGAGGCACCAGUCCCCGUCCACCCGAGGGAGGCCUGGCCUACAGUCACCUGGGUGAUGAUGACCUCAAAGACACAGGAUUUCACCUGACAACUAGCAACCAGGGAGCGUCUGCAGUCGGUCCAGGAUUCAGCCUUAAGUUCUAAGCACGUAAACUACAGAAUGCUCUGUGGUGAAGCUGAAGAAGAGUGUGCAAAGAAUUUUGGGACUUAUAUCGAUAAGAUGGAGUCACAGGUUUACACUUGUAAACCAAGUGUCAAGACUGUUUCACAGCAAGACCAGUGGCUUAUUUCUCCUCUCCACUGCUACACUCUGUAUUUUCAUGUCAUCCCAAGGAUUUAAAUAUGGUCCUUUUAGUUCUGAAAUAGAAGAGGGUAAUAAAUCUGCCAGAAGUUCAGCUCCUGUGUUUGACUUUUGCUGUAUUUUCCCCUCUUUUAUACUUCAUGUGAGAGGAGCAGAUUUUGUAAAUGCUUGGUAUUUCCUGGCUGCCUCAGCUACUGUAUAAUGAUGCAGCAUUGGCUGUGUUUUCCAUCCAGCAUAUUAGAACUUCACUUUGGACUCUUAGCUCUCUUGAUUAAAGGAGAGCAGUAUUUUUCUUAGAAAUAAAGUUUGAAACUGUG